CUUAGUUUGCUGCUGUGUGCUUUGGCUGGCCAAGGAUCAGAAGCAGGAGUUUGUAGCUGAUUGUUCCUCGCGGGGCUGUCUGUAUUUGUUAUGUGACAGGUGGGACGGAGACCGAGAACAGCCAAGCAUUAUACCAAGAAUGGGAAGAGGACCCAACUGUAGCUGGGUUGGGCCUGAGAUCCCUCUGUCGUCACAGAUCUUCAGUGCCCUUAAAGAUGAUCUGUGGCUCUUCCUGAUCCCAGCCGGCCUGGCUGCCAUCUUACUGGCCGUGUUCCUGGAGGAGGUGGGCUUCUUCCUGCGCCACAUGCCCUCGUCCAGACGGAGAAAACUCUACCUGUGGAUAUUAGGAAUGUACCCGGUCUUCGCCCUGACCUCCCUUAUAUCGCUGUAUGUGCCGCGCUCUUCCUCGCUGUGCAAUUUCAUCGCCUCACUGUAUCACUCCAUUACCUUGCUGAAGUUCAUGGGACUAAUCACAGACUUCUUUGGAGGGAAAGCUCGUAUGCUGGCUGCUCUGUCAGGACAGCACGUUUCUCCAGACCCUUUCCCCUGCUGCUGCUGCUGCUGUCUGCCAAUGGUGACCAUCACCCGCAGCCGCGGCUGGAUGCUGGCUGCUGUGCUGCAGCUCUCUGUCAUCCGCAGCAUCUUGUUCUUCGUCACACUGGUCCUGUGGACAGAUGAACAGUAUGACUACGGGGAUGUGAAUUCUGUCAACCCCAACCUCUAUGUGAACGCUAUUAUUUGUAUGUCAACCUUCGUGUCCUUCUACGGCCACCUGCUCUUUUAUAAAGCCACCAAGAGUGCAUUACAUGGCUACGGACUGAGAGCCAAGUUCAUCUGCAUCAUUGUGGUGUUGGUGCUGUGUGGCCUGCAGAGUGGCAUCCUAGAGACCAUGGGUGCUCUGGAGGUCAUCCCCUGCACACCACCCUUCUCUGUGCUAGCCAGGUCACAGUUGAUCUACCACUACUGUGUGAUUGUGGAGAUGUUCUGCAUCGGCCUAUAUGCCCGCCACACUUUCCGUAAGGUGGAGCCAAGCGUGCUGGAGGAUGUGGAGGGCCCCAUCAGUGUCUGGCAGAUGGAAAAAGCUGUUCAAACAGACGAUGUUCAGAUGACACAUCACAAACUCGGCCAGCUCCCCUGCUGCCUCGUCAAGGCCUCCAAUCCCAGCUACAGCAGUGACAGCGAGGACAGCCUGUGCAGGAUAGAGCAUGCACCUCUGGAUGGUUUUGCCUUCCCUCAGGCAAGAGCUCAGCAGCUAACCAGGACAGAACCAGUAGAGUCCUGGUCUGCCGAGGACCCGGGUAUACAUCUGAGUCACAUUACUGUGAGGUCUGAUAUUAACUAUCAGGACUCUAAGGAUGUCACUGUGGUUUGACAAGCUAUGGAAGACUUUU